CAUGGAGCGAGCUUGCCGUUGAUUGUAUUGCUACAUCCUCACAAUCACAAUGCGUACAGUGUCUUCGGCCGCCAGAUUCCGAGCGUUGCGUGCAUCCGUCAACACAUCCUUGCCGCGAACUGGACAGCGAUGGAAUUCCACAGCGUCUGCGGCACGCGAUCAGGCUCCGGAGCCAUUGAAGUCCAUUCUGAUCGCCAACAGAGGAGAAAUUGCACUCCGAGUUGGAAGAACGGCGUCUCAAUACGGUAUCCGAACCACCACUCUCUACACGGAUCCGGAUCGGCACAGUCAGCAUGCCUUGAGCUCUCCCUUCGCAGUCAACUUGGGCAGCACAGAUCAAUAUCUCAACGGCACUCGUAUCAUCCAAGUCGCCAAGGAGCAGGGCUGUCAGGCGAUUCACCCGGGCUAUGGCUUCCUCAGCGAGAAUGCCGAUUUUGCCAAAGCAUGUACCGACGCCGGCGUCAAAUUCAUCGGACCACCUCACAAGGCCAUCGAAGCAAUGGGCGACAAGAGCCGCAGCAAAGAGAUCAUGAUUGAUGCUGGCGUACCAUGUAUCCCGGGCUAUCACGGAUCGAACCAAGAUCCCAAGUUUCUGGAAGCAGAAGCCGAGAAAAUGGGCUACCCGGUAUUGCUGAAAGCCGUCAAAGGCGGCGGUGGAAAAGGUAUGCGUAUUGUUAUGCAGGCAGAAGAGUUUCAUCAGCAGCUUGACUCGGCCAAGUCGGAAGCCAGGAGUUCGUUCGGAGACGAUGUGAUGUUGGUCGAGAAGUACAUCACCACGCCGCGUCACAUUGAAGUCCAAGUGUUCGCCGAUCAGCACGGGAAUUGUGUUGCAUUGGGCGAACGUGAUUGCAGUAUCCAGCGACGACAUCAGAAGGUGUUGGAAGAGUCUCCUGCACCCAACCUUGCCGAGGAUAUUCGACAGGAUUUGUGGGAGAAGGCACGACAGGCUGCGCUUGCUGUGGGUUAUGAGGGUGCGGGAACCGUAGAGUUCAUUUUCGACAACGACUCGGGCGAAUUCUUCUUCAUGGAAAUGAAUACGAGGUUACAAGUCGAGCAUCCGGUCACCGAGAUGGUCACAGGCGAAGACCUUGUACGCUGGCAGAUCAUCGUCGCCGAGGGUGGCAAGCUUCCUCUCACACAGGCAGAGGUCGAGGAGAGAAUCAGAAGUCGUGGCCAUGCCAUUGAAGCACGCAUCUACGCGGAGGAUCCCAGCAUGAACUUCAUCCCGUCCACUGGCAAGUUGCUUCACCUCCGGACACCCGCAGAAUCGGAGAGUGUUCGCAUCGAUGCCGGAUUUGUGGAAGGUGAUGAAGUAUCCAGCCAUUACGAUCCCAUGAUCGCUAAGCUCAUCGUCAGCGGACCUGACCGGACUGCCGCUUUACAGAAGAUGGUGACCGCUCUGGAACAGUACGAAAUCGCUGGGCCUACCACCAAUAUUGAGUUCUGCAAGAAAGUCUGCCUCAGCCCAGACUUCAUCGCGGGCAACGUCGAGACUGGCUACAUCCCGAAGCAUCACGAUGAGCUAUUUGUGGAGGAGCCAGUGACCGACGAGAUCUGGGCCCAAGCUGCCAUUGGAUUGUACGAGGCAGACCUUGCGAAGCACCGCUCUCCUCAACUCCCCGUGCAAACGAUCGGGUUUGGCAACGCUCCACAGCCGAGAACAUUCAACCUCGCGCAAACCUACACAGACCCGCAGAAAACUCCAAAACCAGUCCCAGUACAAGUUCUGAAGACUGAGGGAGGCACUUAUCACGUCACGGUGAACUCGAAUACCUAUGCGAUCACAUCAACCUACAACCUACACACUCACAGCCUAUCAACAUUUUUCCCUCACACUCGGCUUGACUCGACACUUGUGCUAUCUCCCGAAGCAGAGUCGACAUCUCUCUCCCUAUUCUCACAAGGUCGCCAACACCGCUUACACCUGGUUCUGCCUCCUUGGGCCGAGAAAGCAUUGGGUCUGAAAGACGUGGCCAACUCGGUUCUUGCGCCGAUGCCGUGCAAGGUGUUGAGAGUGAUGUGCAAAGAAGGCGACGAGGUGAAGAAGAAUCAGCCUCUAAUCGUGAUUGAGAGCAUGAAGAUGGAGACUGUGAUUCGUGCACCGGCGGACGGAAAAGUCAGCAAGGUGGUGUUGAAGGAGGGCGAUAUGGCUAAGGCAGGCCGGGCGCUGGUGGAAUUCGAAGAGGGAGAGACGGAGUCGUGA